AUGCUGCUGAAGCCCAAGGAGGAGCCGGGUGACAGCCAGACCGAUCCUGAUGUCCGCGGCCUUCGCAAGAGCCGAGCUCAGAGUCCUUGGACAUGGCGACCUUUAACGCUCAUUACCACGGCCCUCGCGCUUCUGUCCCUCUCUCUCAUCGUUCGCUCGUCCCUCAAACUCCAGGUCGACCCUCAAGGAUGCGUCAUGUCCAUGAUGAGCCCGACCUACAUCAAGCUGUCCGGCUUUGACUCGGAACAUUCGCGGUUCGCCACAAAGUACUCGCUGUAUCUGUACCGAGAAGAGGGGGUCGACGACUACACACCAGACAAUAUAGGCUUGAGCGGAGCGCCGGUGCUUUUCAUUCCGGGCAAUGCGGGCAGUUAUAAACAAGUUCGCUCUCUGUCGUCCGAAGCUUCUCGGUACUAUCACAACGUGUUGCGACAUGAUGCGAAUGCCAUCAAGGGAGGUGUAAGACCUUUCGACUUCUUCACCCUCGAUUUCAACGAAGAUCUGUCUGCUUUCCACGGCCAAACUCUCUUGGAUCAAGCCGAGUAUGUCAACGAAGCCGUCGCCUAUAUCCUUUCUCUGUAUCAUGACGCCAACCGACUACGUCGAGACCCUCAGUUACCUGACCCGAACGCUGUCGUUCUCAUCGGACACUCGAUGGGCGGGAUAGUCGCGCGCACCGUACUCGCCACACCGAAAUAUCAGGCCAACUCGGUCAAUACCAUCAUUACCAUGUCCACUCCUCAUGCGCGCCCGCCAGUCACCUUCGAUGCCGACGUGGUGACACUGUAUCAGCAAGUGAACAAAUACUGGCGAGAUUCGUAUUUGCAGAGAUGGGCCAGUAACAACCCCUUGUGGCACACCACGUUGAUCUCUAUCGCAGGAGGAGGACGAGACACCACGGUCCCUUCUGACUACACAAACAUUGCAUCCUUGGUGCCCGAAAGCCACGGAUUUACCGUCUUCACGUCCACCAUUCCCAAUGUCUGGACAGUCAUGGACCAUCUUGCAAUCACCUGGGCCGAUCAAGUGCGAAAAGCCGUUAUAAGGUCAUUAUAUGAUGUCGUCGAUGUCCGCCGUGCCGGACAAACUAAGCCACGAUCCGAAAGAAUGAAGAUCUUUCGGAAGUGGUUCUUGACUGGUCUCGAAGAUGAUGCGCCCAAAGCCCUUCCAGACACCACCCAUGAAGUGCUUCUCACGCUGGGAGACGGGUCGCGAUCGUCAAUGGCGAAGGACCAUAACGUGACCCUGCGACAGCUCGGAGCGCAAGAUCAGAUGUCCGCGACCUUGCUACCCGUCUCUUUCGUUGACAAUUCAACCUCCAAACGAUUCUCCUUCCUCACGGACCAGCAAAUGGAUGCACAAGGCGGUUUCGAGAAGAUAGAAGUCUUGUUUUGCAGUGCAUUCCCCCUGACGGGCGGAUUGACUUCGAUGCCAUUGCCCGUCCAGAUUGAUCUUUCCCCGGGCGAUCCUAGCGCAACACGAUUGGCGUGCAAGAGACCGGCCAGGGACGGGAUCGAACUGCCCGCUUCAACGCGAAUGUCACACUAUGCAUUUGAGCAGCGGCCUCCUUUCACCUAUCUGAGCUAUGAUUUUCAAGACCUUGGAGAUCAUCAAUUUGUCGUGGUGGUCGACAAGUCCACCGAAAUCAGCAACUCCUGGGCUUAUGGGGAAGUCAUAUCCACCACCGACUCCGUCAUUCAAAGUGAUGUAAGCCUUCUAAGGCUAUUGCUCCGAGGCCUGAAUGUGGAGCUUCCUCCAACCCGACCUCUGGUGACAGAAGUCCGCGUGCCCUCGCUCCGAUCGAGCUUGCUGGCCUACACCCUCCAACUGCGUCAACACGGCUGUGGGGCGGAUACCGAACUGUUCACCCCCCUUGUGAGGCAGCAUAUUGACAGCCCGUACGAGUCCAAAUAUUUCGUCAAUUUCAAGCAAGGAGAUGUCAACCUUCACGGUGUAGCUCCUUUCAUGCCACCUUCCUUGGAUGGCCGCGAGCCUAAAGCUGGAGUUGCCUUCCAGAUCUGGUCAGAUCCUACGUGUAAUUCCUCCUUGGAAAUCCGCCUGCGUGCGGAUCUCACUGGCAGCCUGGGCAAACUGGUGGUUAGAUAUCGGACUGUUUUUGCCGCAUUUCCUUUGCUGGUGGUUGCCAUGGUCCUGCGCAAGCAAUUCAGAGUCUACGACAACUCUGGAGUCUUCAUCUCGUUCACCGAGAGUCUAGAUCAAAGCCUGCGACUCCCGCUGCCAGUUCUUCUGCUGUCCAUGACCUUCUUUGCUACCGCUUUCACGGCCGCCAGUUCUGCCAGUGCUGGAUCUGACUAUCAUCCACACGGGAAUGGAACAAGCAUAAACUUUGCCCAGAAUGAUCUUCUGUUGGGGUCACAGGACACUUUCUUUUGGUUUCUUGUUCCCCUGGCCGGCUUGCUCAGCGUCGGCGCCUGUGUUGUGUUGAACUACGCAGUUUUGGCGUUGUUACAGCUUGUUGUCACACUGUCCAAUUUGGUGUCGCAACGAUAUGUCAAGAUCGACGACAGUGAGAAGGGUAUUGCCUCGGCUUUCGUCGCCAGUACCCCUCGUCGCCGGGCCAUCAACACCGCGGUGCUUCUGUUCCUCGUUGCCACCAUCAUACCCUACCCAUUCGCCUAUGUGGUUGCCUGUGUUGUCCAGCUUACAACUUGCUCGCGGGCGCUGCGUCAUGCUGUGGAAUCCAAGUCGGGGCCUGCCUUCAACUUCUUCAACUACACAUAUUCGAUACUUAUUUUAAUGCUCUGGGUUCUACCGAUCAACCUGCCGGUGCUGGUUGUCUGGAUUCACAACCUCUCGGUACACUGGUUGACACCUUUCUCGUCCCAUCACAAUGUCUUGUCGAUAAUGCCGUUUAUCCUGUUGGUUGAGACUCUUUCGAGUGGCAUGAUGGUCCCACCUGUCAGGCCAUUCAGGUGGGCGACGAACGUUCUGUUUUUUGUUCUCGCGGUCUACGCGGCGUUGUACGGCAUGACAUACGCGUACAGGCUACACUACAUUGCGAACAUCAUUGCUCUGUGGUUGGUCCUGUUACAUUUGUCGACCUAUCAGCGACGCAUUCCUACAUAG